AUGCUCUCGAGUGGCCACCCGUGUCUAAGAAGGCGCCUUUCUGCCGUCUUGGACACUGUCGCGGCCGGCCCCGAAGAUCCUCUCCUCUUCCUCUACCCCCGAUGGGCCGCCUCUGCCCUGCAGCAACGACGACCGAUCGCGUCCCUGACGCCCGCGGCAGCUCCAAUAAAAGGCAAUCGAGCUCCUAGCAAUUCGCUUCGUGCCACAAUUCCUUCGUAUGCAUCCCCUUCGUCAUUUCAUCCCCAGACCACCCGAUGGAGCUCCGCCGAUGCGACGAGUCGAUCUCCCAACAGCUUCGCUCCAAACCUGUCCACACCUGCGAAAGAUAGUGCAAGUUUACCGGGAGAUGGGGCUGACCGAGAUGCCACUGAGUCAAGCCAUGACAUCAUGGGAUUUCCCGUGGGACUGUCACGGGAGUCCAAUGGUUUUCUCGAGACCGCGUCCGAUGUCUCCGAAUCACAUAGACGUCGUGGCAAUUUAAGUCGCAGGGAACUGCGACAAAAACGGCUGACAGGCCAGAGGCAAGCAGCCGAUCAUACUCACGAAACAGAACCGGGGACGGAGUUCAAGUCAAGAAAGAUCUUGAUAAGCAAGUUAUCCGUUCGAGACAGGAGAAAGCUCCGGUAUGGAGAUUAUGUGAGAAGGACCCGUGGACAGGGCCUAUUUGGAGGCUCUAUGGAUGGAUGGAAUGAUAUGAAGGUGUUAUUAGAGGAGGUGCAGAACGAUCCUCGUACGGAGCCCAAGAAAAGCACCAGAUCCAAGGAGCUGCAAAUCCCCGAAGAGACGGUAGCGCUUCUUGCUGGUAUCAUGGAUACGAGUAUGAAGGAGAAUAUCUGGUACGUGCAUGUACGGAACGGGUGUAAGGUACAAAUCUUGCACCCGAGGGAGGGUGACGGAGCCAACCGUAAGGCCAUCUUGACCGGAUCGGAGCACGUAAUGGAGCUCGUCGAAGCACGUAUCAGAAGUGCUCAAACUGCACAGGAUUCUGGAGACCCUCUGGCCGAUAUUAGGAAGCCGCCGGUCCCCAUGUUCAUGGAGAGAGAAGUCCUCUCACGCAAAAACAUUCCAGCUCCAUUGAUUCGCGGAGUUUGGAGCUGGCAGCGCCAUGCCGAAGUACCACUCACGCUUAAGGAUGUCCUUGCGUUGCGCUCGUCUCUCACUUCCGUGAAAGAAUUCGCGGAACGUGUUGAGGAUUUAACGAGCGCACGCGGGCCACCUACUCUUGGUGCUCUAGCAUCUCGGAAUCAAAAAUGGGCACCGCAUGCCAAUCAGAUCUCCCGCCUGCUUUUAGACCUCUUUCGGCAUGGUCAGCAGAUCAUAUCUACUGCUGCGCUGAAUCGAGCUUUGGAGUAUUUGUGUGAGCACGAACAACUCAAUGCUGCUCGAUAUGUCUUCCUCAAGGCAGAGCAUGUCGCGACAGUCGAUACUUACAAUGUUCUCUUGCGGUCUGCGGCACGGCGUCACGAUACUUGGGCGUUUCGCAAGUUCUUGAACUUGAUGCCUCGAGCGAACAUUCGUCCCAACCCAAAUACAUGGCUUGCGUUGCUAUCGGCUCUGACCACUUCCAAUGCCAAGGCGUCACUCAUUACACAUAUGGUGCAGAACGGCUUCAUGACUGAUGUCAAGGUGAUUCGAACCGCCCUUCAACUGACGAUUCAAGACUCGCUCCUUGUACACCUAGAAAGCGGGCAGGACGUUGAAUCAUUCGUCGCUCUUAUGGAGAAGACUCACGGUGCGGGUUGGUUUAGUUCAUCCCUUCUUGGACAAAUGGUCAGCGUAGCAGCGCGCUGCCAGAAUUUUGCCGCCGUGGACGCGCUAUUGAAGAUUUGCGCCGAGCAAAGCUUUGAGGUUGACAGCUCUAUCCUCAAUCAGAUUUUGCCUAUGUGCCGUGCCAACAUCCUUACUGCACUUCACUACACAUACGAAUGCGCCAAAUUUCCUUCUUUCCGGUUUGUGCCUCAAAUAUGGGAGCGUCUGUUUCUCAUUGCAUUCAAAAGCCAGCACUACAACAUCUGCCGAGUGCUGUGGCGGUAUGCAUGCAUGGACGGAUCGGUGACCAGCGACAUGAGGAAAACUGUACUCGGCUCAUUGACCCGCAACGCGUCAUAUAAGAAGGGCAAUCAAAUGAGUGAAAUAUGGCGUCUUGACGCCGGCAAGAUUAUCGUCGGCAUGGACGUCCACUUCGAGGAUUAUAGGAUCCGGAAAUCCGUCUUGAAAAAUGUCCCUUCAGAAUUCCACGAUAUGCCUCUAUCGUUCCUCUCAUCUGGCUACAAGCCUCAUGGCGAAGACCGUCUCCACCAGCUCCAGGUGGCCAAAUACCUCGUUGACCGUGACAUAAGAUACGGUGCCUCUACCUACGAACCCAUCAACUCUGUUUCUAUUAUGCUCCAAGCCGCGGCUGUCAUAGACCGUGAGUGGAAGGGCAUCCCGCGUCCCUUGACGUGGAGAUUACAAAACGCCAUCCACGUGCCAAUCCGUCGCAACCAGAAUUGGCACCAAAAAAUAUAA